UCUCCGGCUGGAACAAGCACACGCCUCUUGCAUAAAUGCUCCACACAGCUGAGGUGAUGAUCAGACGCACCAAAUUAUAGAGCUGCGUGUUUUAGUGCUCAGACUUGUCCCACAGUUGCUUUCGGUUUUGCGUGAGCGCCCUGGAGAGAGAGAGAAAGAGAGAAAAAAAGAAGAAAAAACAAUCAAUAAAAAGUAGAGAGAAGUCCGAGGCUGUUAUUAGAUUCCCUAAUCAGCAGAAUUGACAGCAGGUGUGAAUUCAUGUCUGUAUUUUCCCCGCAGAUAUACUGUCCAGUGUUUGUGCCCGGCCGAGAUAUGACUGAGGUGAUGAUCAGCAGCACCCCCAUGGAGGACAUGAGGCUGAGCCCCAGCAAGGACAGACUCUCCUUCCAGAUAUUCCCCGACCCGUCAGACUUCGACCGCUGCUGUAAGCUCAAAGACCGCCUGCCCUCCAUCGUGGUGGAGCCGACGGAGGGCGAGGUGGAGAGCGGGGAGCUCCGCUGGCCUCCAGAGGAGUUCCUGGUCAGCGAAGAAGAGGAGGAGGAGGAAGAAGAGGAAGAGGAGCAGAAUAACGGCAGCAUCCAAAACGGACAGCCGACACAGAAUUCUCAGCACUAGAUGCUGUGUUGCAGCACCCAAACCCCCCUCCUCCUCCCCCCCUCCUCUCUCUUUCUGAUAGACUCUCUAUUUUCCACACUGGUUCCAUUGCACCUCGGCACUCCGGCAAACCGGCGGACACACAUUCACACGGUAUCCCGCGGCGACGCUCGUCGCCCUUAACACCAAAGCCCACGAGAGAAGCAAUACACACAGGCGGCAACACUCUUGUCACACAAUGAUUCAUCCUCCCGGACUGCAAACUCGCCAAAAUCCCACCUGAAAAAAGAACGGGACACGCACACCUCCAACCGACACCCGUUGCCCACCAUGCCUACCACCGUGUGUGUCUCAGCCCAGAGCGGAUCAUGUCCCGUUGGACGGCGGCAGCUCAGUGCUCCAUGGACAGCUCUUACACUGCAGGAGGCUACCACUGCUCUGUACUUUACCCCACAGUAAAUAAAUAAAUGGCCGGCGUCAUGACCCCAGAGACUUCUAAAACUGACAUGCAGAACUAUUGUGGUACCCGUGGGGGGAUUAUCGUCUACAGUAACACUGUUCAGUUUCUGGAUCGAUAUGUUUAAUUAUUGUGAUUGCCACUGCUGUCUAUAGAUCUGUUUGUUUGUUUCCGAGGAAGUGAAUGUUUUGUGAUGUCUGUUUUUUGAGAAGUGGGUGUUUUUUUUGUUUUUGUGUAAAAUGUUACCAGGAUUCCACUCCCUCCUCUUUUUUUUGUUUGACCCUUUAUCAGGCAAAGAACUAUAUUUGGUAACUUGAGG